ACGAUUUUGAAUUAUUCAUUUUACUCAGUAUUUAUUAUCUUUUUAAAAGACGAGUUUGAACUUAUCGAAUAUUUUUUUAGAAUUAUAAGAUGACGGCUACGAUUCCGGCAGUUGUCGAUAAUCACUUGGAUGUCGUUCAACAUUUUCCUGAUGGAAAACUAAUACUAGGAUCUUCGAAUUUAACUGGACGAUAUUGGGGUGGUUCUUUAUGGUUAUUUAAAAAUUCCAAUGAUGCACCAGAUAUUGAGAAAUGUCUUGCCGGUGUUGAAACUGAAGCUGGAAUUUCUGAUGCUGCAGUAUUAGGAAAAGAUAAAAUUAUUAUUGGAUUAGAUUCAGGUUCUGUAGAAUUAAUUAGUUUGAAAUCUGAUCCAGUCAUUCUCAGUAAUGAGUUUUAUUCAUGUGAGCAUGAUCAUGUUAUUAGUUCUAUAAGUGUGUCUUCUAAUGACUUGUUCUGCAUAAGUUCCAGUUUUGAUGGAUGUAUUAAAGUAUGGGAUGUUGAAACUUGGACAUGCAUUGCUACUUAUAGACCAGCUCAUGGAAACAAAAUUUCCCGAGUUUCUUGCAGUAAUGUGGAAUCUCGAGUGUUUAUAUCAUGUGGACAACUUUGCAUGAAUAAUUUGUUAUUAACUAAAUUUAAUUUUGUAGGUUCUGUAGAAUUAAUUAGUUUGAAAUCUGAUCCAGUCAUUCUCAGUAAUGAGUUUUAUUCAUGUGAGCAUGAUCAUGUUAUUAGUUCUAUAAGUGUGUCUUCUAAUGACUUGUUCUGCAUAAGUUCCAGUUUUGAUGGAUGUAUUAAAGUAUGGGAUGUUGAAACUUGGACAUGCAUUGCUACUUAUAGACCAGCUCAUGGAAACAAAAUUUCCCGAGUUUCUUGCAGUAAUGUGGAAUCUCGAGUGUUUAUAUCAUGUGGACAAGAUGAUAAGAUAUUUAUAUGGGAUCUGCGUCUACCUAAACCAGCCACUCUUGUUGGCAAGGAUCCUCUUAAAGCAGUACCAACAUGUGUUGCUUGGAAAUUAGAAUCUCCGACUCUCUUUGCUGCAGGUGAUGAAUUGGGACAAGUUAUCCUAAAAGACAUUCGAAAAUGUGUAGGAAGUAUAUUAUCAGAAACAUUACAUCAGAGACCAAUUUUCAGAUUGGUGUUUUCACCUAAAUUUCCAAAUUUACUUGCAUCUUGUGCUGACGAAGAAUAUGUUGUUGUAUCAGAUGUUAGUGGAGAAAAUUUAGAAAUUAUAUAUAAAGAUGAUUCACAUUCAGAUUUUGUAAGGGGAUUAUCUUGGCAUCCAGAAAGUAAUCAAUUAUAUUCCUGCAGUUGGGGAAAAGAAGUAUUUGGCCACAAUUUUCAAACAAAUGAUAUUGAAAGACAAGAUGAAGCAUCAUGACCAAAGAAUUUUUGGAUAUUUUAAACUAUCAAACAUGUUGUAUAAAUCACAUUAAUUGGAGUAAAGAUGUUCUUUAAAAUUAAUUAUCAUUAGUUGUUUAAUAGUAAAGUUAUUUUUGACUUGAUUUAUAAAUGUCUUGAUGAAUCUUUACGUGCUAUAUGAUAUUAGUUAUUUAUAUUAAAUCAAACAGUUAAAAAAAUUAAAAUGAAAUACAGUGAAAUAUCAGAUUAAUAAGUAAAA